AUGAAUGGUCUAGCAUGCCGGCAGACAACCUCGGUGCUCGCCGGCCGGCACCGUUUGCUGCUCUCGCGAUGGUAUAGCCUCACGUCGCCGUCGCCUCGCGGAGUAGGCUUCAACGUGGCGGCUAUGUUAAUGCGCCAGCAGACGCGCGGCAAGAAGACGAGGUCGUCCAUGAGAAUGGAGGACCUGCCGCAGGGCCCUAUCAAGAUGGACGCUCCUCCGCUGCCGCCACCACCCGCCGAGGACGAGGGACCCGCGUAUCCUACCGUGGUCCUGCAAGCGCGCCGGAACAUGCAGAAAUUCGAGAACUGCGUGCUCCUCACGCGCGUCGGCGGGUUCUACGAGCUUUACUUCGACCAGGCUGAGGAGUAUGGCCCCAUGUUGAAUCUCAAGGUCGCGCAUAAGAAGACUAAUGCCGGUCCUGUGCCCAUGGCUGGUUUCCCGUUCUUCCAACUGGACCGGUUCCUCAAGACUUUGGUCCUGGACUUGAACUGCUACGUGGCGAUAGCAGAGGAAUUUCCUAACGAUCCCGGAGACAAGAUCAAGUCGAAUGGCUUAAUGCAUGACCGGAGAGUCACGCGGGUUAUCACGCCGGGUACUCUUAUAGAUGAAAAUUUCAUCGACCCGUACGCCAACAACUACGUUAUGGCGAUUCACAUCAAUCAUCAAGAGAACGACGCUGCUGGCGCAGCUGAACCCAACAGUUCCGAUAAUGCCAUCAUAGAAGCAGAACGCCUGGCGGCGCUGCGGAUGAAUGCCACCCCAAUAGGCUUAGCAUGGAUAGAUGUGUCUACUGGGCAGUUCUACACGCAGUCGACAACGCUCACAUCGCUCGGAUCCAUCCUAUCGCGUGUCGGACCGAGAGAAGUAGUAAUCGACGAAGUAUUCGAGUCUCAAAGUGACCAUCAACUCUUCUCGGUCCUUGCUGAAGACAAAUAUCUGAUCACAUUCGCGCCCCAUAGCCAACAGCUAGCUCUAUCGGAAUGGACUCCGAUGCUAGAAUCCAAUACUCCCACGCAGACAGCACAAGGCUUCACCCCGGAUGAAGUGCAGGCCGGCAGUCUACUAUUACAGUACGUUCGGGACCGUCUGCAGGGCUUAAGUAUGAAGCUACAGCCGCCGAUGCGCUACGAGAACAUGUCGGUCAUGGCUAUUGACAAAAGCACCAUGCGCUCGCUUGAGAUUAAGCAGACCAUCAGAGAUGGCACUUUCAGGGGAAGUCUGCUACAUGCUAUUCGAAGAACGGUUACCAAGGGGGGUGCCCGGUUACUUAACACUUGGCUCAGCGCUCCCUCGACGUCGCUGGAGACUAUUAAAGCCCGACAGGAUCUCGUAGAGUAUUUUAUUCAGCACCCAGAUCUCCGAGACGAGAUCGUGUUGUUAUUAAGGAGAAGUCAUGAUUCGCAGCGCCUAGUACAGAAAUUCGCGCUGGGGCGUGGAGACCCGGACGAUCUCGUCGCUCUGGCUAAUACUAUCCAAGCUACUAAAGACAUCGUCUCCCUUUUAGAAGCAGCUGAAAGGCAGGGCGACAAUACAACGGAGUCAAGCAGCACGCCCGAACAAGAGCAACAAAACUCAAGCAGUGAAGCAUCAUGUUUCACAUCCCUCCUCUCGCGCAUAAACCUCAAAGAACCCGCCGCUCUAGCCACCCGCAUCAAGAAUUCCAUCGACGAAGAAGGGCUAGUCCAACAACACCGCAACGAAGACGACGAAGCAAGCCAGCUCAUCUCCCUCGCCGAGGACGUCGUCGCCUCGGAAGGCGCCCGGGGCCCCGAAUCCGCGCUCCCGAAAGCCGGCAGGGCGAAGAAGAAGCAGGCGGCCUCGAUCCGCGACCACUACUCGGACGACAACGCGCUCUUCGUCAUGAAACCCGACGCGAGCCCGGGGCUCCGCUCCCUGCACGCCAAGCUGUCCGCCCUGCUGGAGGAGACGUACGUCCUCGGCGAGACGCUGCGCGAGCGCUUCGGCGCGGCCAGCCUGACGCUGAAGUGGACGCCGAACCUGGGCCACGUGUGCCACGUCAAGGGGGCCAAGGACCUGCGCAAGCUGGACGCCGCCACCACCACCAUCGACGACGAGGGGGGGGAGGGUAAGGCGAAGGCGGUCGCGGUGGUGAGCUCGAGCCGCAGCACGCGCGCCUUCCACGCGCCCGAGUGGACGGCGCUGGGCCGCCGCGUCCACCAGACGCGCUUCGAGGUCGGCGUCGAGGAGCAGCGCCUGUUCGCCGACCUGCGCGCCCUCGUCGUCGCCAACCUCGUCAAGCUGCGCCGCAACGCCGCCGUGCUCGACGAGCUCGACGUCGCCGCUUCGUUUGCCCGGCUGGCUGCCGAGCACGGGUGGACGAGGCCUGUGCUUCAUGAUAACACGUUUAUUCCUUCUACUACUAGCUCUACAAGCACAGGUGUAGGUACAACAGCGCAGCACAUAGUCAUCGGCGGCCGGCACCCCACCGUCGAAGCCGGGCUCCGCGAGCAAGGCCGCUCCUUCACCAAGAACGACUGCUUCCUCGACGCCAACCCCCCAUCCCCAUCCCCGUCCCCAUCCUCAUCUUCGCCCUUACCCACACCCCCUCCAACCCGAACCCCGCACGGCCGCCUCCACCUAAUCACCGGGCCCAACAUGGCCGGCAAAUCGACGUACCUGCGCCAGAACGCGCUCCUCGUGAUCCUCGCGCAGGUCGGGUCCUGGGUGCCCGCGACCUACGCCAGCCUGCCCGUAGCCGACGCGGUAUUCUCGCGCGUCGGCUCCGCCGACAACCUAUUCGCGGACCAGAGCACCUUCAUGGUGGAGAUGCUGGAGACGGCGGCGAUCCUGCGGGCCGCGACCCCGCGCUCCUUCGUCAUCAUGGACGAGAUCGGCCGCGGCACGACGCCCGAGGACGGGUGCGCCGUCGCCUUCGCCGCCCUGCACCACCUCGCCGCCGUCAACCGCUGCCGCGCCCUCUUCGCCACCCACUACCACGCCCUCGCCGACCUCGCCGCCGAGCGCGGCAUGACGCGUGCCGCCGUCCAGACCUACUGCACCGACGUCCAAGAGGACGGCGCCGGCGGCUUCGUCUACGUGCACCGCCUGCGCAGGGGCGUCAACCGCCGGAGCCACGCCCUCAAGGUCGCGCGCCUGGCCGGCUUGCCCGAGGCCGCUAUCGCCGUCGCGAGGGAGGUCCUUGAGAAGAGCAGUAGAGACGAGGACGACAAUCACAAAAGUGAGGAAGAUUACUACGACGAUUCCGAAAGUGUGGAGGAUGCGGAAUCACACUACGCUGUCCUUGAAGAACAAAAGGGGGUUGAAUGA